GAAAACAACUCAGAUGUAUCGCAUGUCAUGUGUGGAUCAAAGAGCUGGUACCAAAACAAUUCAAUAAUAUACCUACCAAACACCCACAUAAAACUAGAAUGGGACAUUGAAGAGGACGAAAGCCAAAUUGAUGACAUCUUUGUAGGAAUUGGAACUGACCUUACUGAAUUGAAUUCACCGAGUAUUGGCGCAUACAAAUCAACUUUAAAACGGAAUUUGUUCCAAUAUAACCAUGUAGGAAUCGGAUCGGAUGUAUUUUUCUACCUCUUUUGAAAAGUUGUCAACAAAGCCAGUCGAGAAAGUGUUUUAAUGUUAGGGCCUAUUUUGAUAGAUGAAACGCCUCCAAAUUUGUAGAGAAAUUCCAAAGGUUUAUCAUUGAAGAAGAAUAUAUUGUUGUUGGUUGGGAAAAUAACACAUUCUAUGACAUCGAGCAGGACGAGGAAAUCAAUUCUAUUUAUUUUGAAAUAGGGUAUGCCAGCACCAAAGUCACAUCGUUGUUAAAGUGGGAUCAUGAAAUAUCUGCGCCGUGUUCCGAAUAUAGUGGUGGUUGUUUCAAGUACCCUAUCAAAAUACUACAAAAGCAAGAUAAUGAUCUCGGUUUGUACUUCUAUAUAAAUAUGCACGUAUACAACAAAGCUGGCCACUUCAUAACUGUUUCCACAGAUACGUUUAAGAUACCUUCAACCUACCCACCGGGUCACGGGAUUGUUUUUGACAGUGACCCGAAAAAUGAGGCCUAUGAGUUUGAUACUAAUGCUCAUUUUACGGCACACACUUUGUGUUUAAGAUGGUACGGUUUUAAGCAUCAUGAGUCCAUCAAAAUUGAAGUCGGUAUUGGGUCUAAUAACAUUACAGACAAUGUUGUUCCUUACAGUACAAUAAAUCUCUCAACAAAUUAUUACUGUAUUAAAUCUUCCAAAAUUGAGUUUCAACAAACGUACUAUGCACUUGUUAAAGCAUCUUGUACUGGAGGGUUUACUGUGUCUUCAUCGAAUGGAAUUAUGAUUUUGAAUGAAAGUAAGCUAUUGAACUCGCUUCAUGUUAAUCUCGGAGAGGAGUGCUCAUAUGUCAAUCAAGUUUAUUCCAAACGUAUCAAUUUACCAAUAGCUAAUUAUUCAGUGACAUUUCCAGCUUAUGUAGGAAAACGAUAUAAACUCUUUGUUUACAACAGUUCAAUUGAUUCAGUUGUCACUAAUGACGGUAUAAUUGAAAACGACACGGGAAGCAAUAAUACCUUUUACUUUAUAUCAUUUGUUGAAUAUCCUAAAGUUUGGUUACACUUUAUUUCUGCCAACGGAACAACAAAUCAAAAAGUGGAAUUAUCUAUUCAUAAAUGUCCCUAUGCCAAAUAUUUAACUGAAAGAAAAGGCGUCACUGCACAUUGGUUUUAUGACGACCAUAUUUCUUAUGGACUGACGUUUCAAAUCGCUAUACUUAGAAUAAGAAACGUAACUGGCAAUAUAUCUGCUGUACCCUUCAAGCAAUAUGAAUCAGCUUUAAAUCACCAAACUUUCAAGUUUCAAAAAUUUGGUUUAGAACUUAACAAGUUUUACAAACUAGCUGUUAAACAAUGCACUAAUGUAACAUGCCUCGAUCCGGUAUAUUCUGAAAGUUUUAGCGUGAGUCGGCCGCCAGAAACAGGCAAAAUAUAUGUGGCCCGUCUUUUUAAAGACACUAAAACAGCUUCUGCUGAAAUAGAUUUAAAGUGGAAUGCUUUUCAUAGCGGCAACUUGAUACGGUUUUACCAGUGGGCUGUUUCUAAUGACGAUAAAGGGAAGAAUAUUCUGACAGAAUGGCAAACAAUAAAAGACACGAAAAGAGAACUCUUUCUGGUACAUACAUCGAUUGAUCUACCUAUGCAUCUCCAUUCAACGAAGUUCGGUUGUAUUCGUGCCUUCGACAAAGCAGAAAACGAAGCAUCCCAGUGUCAACAGAUCGAAUACAUGGCAAAUGGAACUUAUAUGGCGUCUACCGUUUAUGAUUUUGAUUCAAACGCCAUGGCCUGGAACAAAAUUAAAAACAUACUACACAGUUCCAAUUUUGGAAGUCUAUAUACACUUCUUCACGACAAUGAACUGGACUUUGGAACACCAGACACAGAGGUUGUUGGUGCAAUGUUGUAUGCAUCCGAGCGGAAUAUCACGUGGCUUUUGAUGGAAGACCCAUCGUCGUGUGACUUUAGUAAAGGGUGUGUUGUUGAAAAAGUAACAAACACUGGCUUUGUAUCAUUUGAUAAGACAGUUGUUAAGUUCAAUACAUUUUACUACAUAUGUGCUUACUCUGUUACGACAUCUGUAAUUAGAGAGUUGAAUACAGAAGUGUUAGAUGAAAUAAAAACGUGUAGCAACGGUUUUGUUCUUGAUAGUAUUGCCCCAGUAGCUGGAAAAGUGGAAAUCCAAAACAAUAAUGGGUUCCUUGCCAGUCUUGAUGACAUUGAAUUCUCCUGGAAUAAAUUUGAAGAUAACAUAGAUGCGACACAAUUUGGAUAUCUAAGCAAUAUAGCAACAUACACCUAUGGAGUAGGAAGUCGCCCUCUCAAAGACGAUAUCAUACGGUUUACAAAUGUGGGUCACAAAACACGAUAUGUUAUCAACAGUCUGGAUUUGCAUGAUGGCGCAUCUGUUUUUGUAACCAUUAAAGCAACUGACCAUGCCGGAAAUACAGCGUCAGCUUCCUCCAAUGAAGUUAUUAUCGACACAUCCCCUCCUUUGAAUGGUGAGCUGCAAAUUUCAACAAGUGAACACGUGCAAGACACUUACCUUUAUCUAACGAAUAAAAUGAUAUCAGUUCAUUUAUCUGAUUUUAAAGAUAUAGAAAGCGGCCUCGAUUACUUUGAAAUUGGAAUUGGAACUCAGCCUUUCUUUACGGAUAUCUUAUCAACAACUGUUAUGCGCGAAGAAAAUUUUGUCAUAAAAAUGCAAGACUACGACAUAACAGACGGCCACACUUACUAUAUAUCAGCAAAGGCUAUUAAUCGAGCUGGAUUAUCAUCUGAGUUUACAUAUUUACGAACUAUAGCCGACACAACACCUCCAAAUGGUGGUCAUGUUUUAGAAGGCCCAAUCGGAAGUCAGAUAGAAGAAGAUUAUCAAUAUGAUAUAACGGAAAUAAACGUGCAUUGGAAUGGUUUUAGCGAUCCACAUAGUGGAAUAGCCUUUUAUAGAGCAGCUCUUGGGACCAAGCCAUUUUCGGAAAACAUUAAGCCGUUUGUGAAUGUUGGACUUCUGGAAUAUACCACGUGGCAUGGAGAAUUUUCUAUUGGUGAAAAAUAUUUUACCACAGUAGAAGCAUGUAACGACGCAUGUCUCUGUAUAGCCCGAUCAUCUGAUGGUAUUACUCUGGACAAUUCACCACCAACACCAGGUUCUGUACAGAUCGGUUCAGACGUGCUUCACCAGAAAUAUCAAUCACAUACGUCAUCAGUACACGUGACAUGGGCGGGAUUUGAAGACCCGGAAUCUAGCAUUGGUCACUAUGAAUUGUGCAUUGGAACAAGUCCAACAAAUUGUGAUAUUUCAGAACGCACAAAUUGUUUAUUGCGGUCUAAUAUUAUCAAAACAGGGCUUAGUCUUCCACUACAGACUCCUCUAUUCGCAACUGUAACUGCUUUUAAUAAGCUUUUGUUCAAUGUUACAAAAUCAUCCGAUAGCUUCUUUGUCGAUGAAACACCCCCUCUUGUUUUGAUAAGACCAUUUUUUAUUGUCGAGAAAAAUAAUAACCACUGGAAAAUAGGUCAAUGGGAUAGAUCUGUUUUACAUAUACAGUGGGAAUUUAUUGAUGAAGAAAGCCCGAUUGUUCGUCAUUAUGUUUCUCUUGCUACGCACCAUGAGGGUCACACUCCCGUAGAAAAUAUACAACUCGGAGCCGAAAACAACCUUAAAAUAACUUUGGAUGGUAGGUCAUGGCUUCAUAAUGGUGAUACGUAUUUUGUGACCGUAACAGGCUGUAACCUGGCUGGUCUUUGUAUUUCAAAAAGUACCAAUGACCUGAUUGUAGAUUCGACACCCCCGCAUCUAGGUGGUUUCAAACCACCAAUGUAUUGGGAAAAUUUUAACGGCUCCGUGACUGCAACGAAGUCAAAUAUAACACUUUCAUGGUACGGUUUUCAUGAUCAGGAAUCUGGAAUUGAAAGAUAUUUUAUCACAAUAAGUAAAACAUACAGCGGAAACGAGAUAACAAAUGGUGUGACAACCGUCAAUGUUAAUGUGUCUGAUAGUAAAACUGAGCAUACAUAUACAUUUCUUGCAACUGACUAUCUGGAAGGAGAUGAUCAGUUGUAUUUAACAAUAUGGGCAGAAAACUCUGUAGGCCUUAACAGUUCAAAGGCACGGGCUUCAGUAUUUGUGUUAUCAAGUUCUUCGACAGCUGAUGUUUCAAACCAAAAGGGUACUCUCGAACUUGAAAAACAUUCCUGUGAUAUACAUUACUGUAAUAAGGAUUGUACAUGUGCAAUUAUUGGCAAACCAUGUGUCGAGGUACAAUCAAACUCGACUUGCGAAGAAAUAGGUACUUCGUUGAUAGAUAAGGAUGUUCCUGAAAUUGAAGUUUUUAACGGACUAGAUGAGAAAUCCUUUAAUAUCACAACUUCCUCUGCUUGUCUCUCCGGAAGUUGGAAAGUAACUGAUGGCAAAAGAAACACCACGAGCAUAUUACGAUUUGAAUGGAGUAUGGGUUUACAGAACCAGCCUUUUGGGGAAGGGAUAUUUGAUUUAAAAAACGAAAUUCCAUGGAAUGACAUAGGAUUGCACUCACAAGUUGUACAUUGCCUACCCGUAAAUAGAUCUUUAAUAGCACGCGAAAAAUAUGUAAUUUAUGUUAGGGCUUGGCUUUCCAGUGACACUUAUGCCACGUUUCAUUCGGCUCCAAUACUGAUUGAUCAUUCACCUCCAUCUUUGGUACGAGGCCGUACAGUUCUUGAUUCUAAUGAACUAUGCAAUGUGGAUUUUGAUAUAAUAGAUUGGAUGAAUACAAUUACAGUAUGUUGGAAUGGCGUCUUCUCAGAACAGCAGGGCACUAUCGUAAAUUAUUUCCUAGCAAUGGGGACGUAUCCCUCUGGUGACGAUACGAUUCAACGACAAGAUGUGGGUUUGAACUCUAGUUUCACAUUCAACAAUCUGUCAUUGACGCAUGGAACGAAGUAUUUCUUCACAAUCACAGCAUAUAAUAACGUGGAUUUGCAUUCACUUGCUGUAUCUGAUGGUUUCAUUGUCGAUAUGGACGAGCCGAUCAGUGGUGUUGUCUACAACACUCCUAGGCAUAGAAACGCACCAUACCAGUCCUCAACUACAACCAUUGGCUUAUCUUGGCAUGGAUUUCAAGACAAGAUUUCUGGAGUGCGAAAUUACUAUGUAGCAAUUAGCGAUACACGAACUAUUGAAGCAGAUAUAAAAUAUAUAAACACGGGACUUAGUACGAGACACGUUUUCAGAAAUUUAGAAUUAAAACAUGGACACAAGUAUUACGGUUUUGUAAAAUCUGUAGAUAAUGUCGGACAUCAAAGUGUAGUUGCGGUAUCAAAUGGAAUAAAGAUUGAUAAUACUCCCCCAACAGCAUACAUUUGUCAGACAUAUGUCGCUUUCAAACAUGUAUCAGAAGUAUUAGACGUCAUUGAUAAUGAAAUGAACUUAACUUUCAAUGCUUCCUUAAGCACAUUAUAUAAAAUAGUUGGCUAUCUUUCGUUAGAUAAAAGCGACGGAGCAAAACUUGUGUUUCAUUUAGGUCAGUUUCACACGGUGCUUCCACUCAUGAAAUAUCAUAAUCAAACACUAUUCUUCAAGCAUACCUUCUUGUCUGACAAUACUGCUUAUCAAACCAUUUUGGUCGAAUACCUCAAUUCAAAUAAAGAAUAUUUUGCUUUGAACAUGACAUUAUAUGAAUGCAAUAAGGCUUUUGAAAGCAUUAAGGAGGCAAUUAAACUCACACAGAUUUCUAGGUCACAGGUUGCAGUAGAGUUGCUUGUAGCAGAUAACGAAAGUCCUAUAAGUGAGAUUCAAAUAGGAGCAGGAACCACACCCGGAGGAUUUCAGGUUAAAUCUCUUUCACGAGUGCAUCAUCAUAAUCCUAACCAUCUGUUACAAACCAACGUUCAACACAGAACCAAUGUUUAUGUCACAGCAAUUGUUGAGAAUAAGGCAGGACUAAGGACAGUAUUCAAGUCAAAGCCUCUUACCAUUGACCACACAAAACCUGUUGUAAAACAUCUGUCUGGGAACCUGCGAUAUGUAGAAGAAAAUGUAUCGGGUAUUGUUGACACUAAAACAAUUGUGCAUGCAGUAUGGGAUGUACUUGAUGACGAAAGUGGAAUAAGCAUCUGCUAUUGCUCAAUAGGUCAUAGCCCAGGUUUACAGAAUAUUGAUUCAAACUGGAUUGCACAAACAGAAACAUCAUGUGAAUCAGAUGGACAUAUUUUCUCACAUGGUCAAAAAGUAUUCCUAAAUUUGAAGUGUUUUAAUAACGCUUGGCUAUCGGCUGAAGAUGUGCUAGGGCCUCUGAUUGUUUCACUUCAGCCAUCCGACACAUUAAAUGCAAAAUUGGCGUUUAUACCACUGAGUGAGGAAGAUAAUAGACAUUUUGCCCCUCCAGUGUUAAAUUUGCCGGUACAAUCAAAUAACUCGUGCCUCCAGUUUAAAUGGAGUGGAUUUACAGACCUGUCUGGUAUUGUGCAUUAUGAAUACCGAGUAUACCAAAAUGAGCACGCUGUUCUUAAGGAAUGGGAGAAAACUAUUAAAGACAUGGUAAAACUAGAAAAUAUUGAUUUGAUAAAUGGGGAAGUCAUUGCAGAAGUCAGAGCUAUUAACAAGGGGUCAUAUAUCAGCGACUCUGUAAAUGCUUCACUUUUUGUUGCCAAGUAUCCUCCCAAAUUAACAGGUAUUUCAGUUAAAUUUUGGAGAAAAGGAGCUGAGAAACUGCAUUUAAGUUGGGCUGACGUAUUUAAUAUUGAACCUAGUAUUCAGGUUUCAUUUAGUCUUACAAUAGGUACGAGAAAAGGAUAUACAGAUAUCCUCGACAUAUAUAAUAUCAGCGAUGAUAACAUUGAUGUGCCAAUACCUAGAUCUACGAUCAUUACACCUAUAGUGAAGGAAGUCUUUGUAUCGAUCGACUGUAUCUAUGAGACUGGACUACGAGCUACAUAUGCUACUAUUUACAAGCUUGCUUGACAUGCAAAGACACACAAUGCCAAUUUUUCUUUUCCUAUUUUAUAAAUGACAACCGUGAGUUUUUAAUAAUGGUUUUAGAGCAUGUAAGACGCUAAUCAUUUCAAGAGAAUAGCAUUGAAAGUGUAAAUAUUUGUCAUAAAAGUAGUAAAAUGAAAACAAAAUAGUAAUUUGACUUCCAUACAAAAUACUGAAUAUCUAUAAUAAGUGUACUAAUCGCAAGGAAGAAACAUCAGAAGCAAAACAUGAUUCAUGUAAUUGUCCAAUGAUUAAAAGUAAGAAACUAUAGCAUCAUAAAAAAUUAAAAAGCUUUUGAGAAAUAAAAAUAAAAGCAAAAAGAACUUCGACAUACAAAACAAUUCAUGUUCUGUUCCAGCUAUUCCCUUUUGAAACCAUUUGCUUUCUUCCUCGAACGAUGCAAGAUAGUUCUAUAGUCGUGUUUUGCGUUACUUUGAUAUAUGUAUUUUCAUGCUUUAGUUAAUUAAAUUAUAUCUGUUUAUUUAUCAAAUUCAAAAUUGUAACUACUGUCAAUUUUAUAGUUAUAUGUUCUUAUAUUAUUAAGGUUUAUUAUUAAGGAGAUGCUUAAAAUAUUUUGCAAUCAUUUUGACAUACUGAACCACCAGAUUGUAUUCUGUGGUCUACAAAUUUUUUAUUUAAACUGGCAUUACGCUAAUUUUUACUAUCAAGCUGAGAUAAAUAAGUUGUAUAUUUCAAAAGAUGGACUUGAUUUAAUACAAUAUGUUUGCAGAACAGUUUUUUUUAAAUAUAUUUUUAUUUUAUUUAUAUCCUUUGUUUAAUUUUUAUCAUUAUUAUUACUCAUUUCACUUUUUAUAGGUUUAAUUAUUUCAUAUUAACGUAUUGUUAAUGUUCAUUAUGCUUUACUUAAAAUAUUCACAGUUGACAUAAGUCUUUGUUCUUUUCUAUCCUGUAAUAUAUCAUGAUUUUGUACAUAAUUGUAUAUAUUGGAAAUACAUGUAUAUGAAAUAAAUACUCUAUAAACAAAAAGAUUGACAAUCAUAACUGCUAUUGUACAAUACUUUAUAGUUACAAAUUUAGGAUAUAAACUUCCUAAAAUAUAAAAAAAACUGUCCAACUCUUAAUUUAAAUUGAAUAUUAUCGAUAAAUUCCAAAGAUAUUAAUGUGGGUCACGGGGGUCAUUGACUACUCAAGUGACGUAUAUUAUGAAAAUGAAAACGACAAUGUGACGACAUGUUAAGUAAAUUUUAUUUUACCUGAACACUCACCAUUUUCUUUGAUAGGCAUUAUGUCACUUUCACUGAUUAACUUGUCAAUUAUAAAGACUUU